UUACUUGAGUCAGUGGUCGUAUGUGAAGAAACGGCUGUCAACCAAUACAACUGGGCAGCUCUGUUAUCGGAGAAGGCCGCCAAAUCGUCCUUGACAUCAGCUGAACAGAACGAUGCUGAAUUUCGUUUUGAAAAUUGCCUGCUGCAUUGGAAUCACCAGAAGCAAAAUGACACCAACCGCUGUCCUAUGAGGACGCAGAUUCGAAAUAUUAAUUUUAACCUGCGUACCAGCCGACAAAGCUUCCCUGACGAGAGGUAACUAAUAGAUUUUGCACAUAAUAACAAUAAACUAGAAAUACAUGCAUGCAGAAACCCCUUGCCUUCAUGCUGGCAAAUCCACUAUAUUUUCUGAACAUGAAGUAUUUGAAGUAGUUGUCAUGGUAACGCAAUAAUUUUAUUAAGAAUGUUUUUAAGAUUGAAAACCCCUUAAAAAUAUCACUUCCCAAACAUAUAUAUUUCAGGUAUCCUAUUAUACGUAAUAUAAACUUCAAGUUAAUGUAAAAUUGAGCCACAAACGCUUCGCAUAACGUUCAGUUUAAAAUCUUCUUAAACCUAAACUGCCUUUUAUCGAUGGUUAUGAACAAAUAAACUGUUUUUCGGGUUUCUGAGUAAUGUUUUUCAGUCUCUUGCAGCAAACGUUGGCCUCUUUGCUCCCUUCUUUUAGCAAAUCUUUGGUCUUUUUUUUAUUUUUUUGCUCUUCGUUUGGUUCCAUGGCUUAUCUUAGGUGUCGUAUUAAAUAAUCAAUUAAUGAAAAUCUCAAAAUGCUUUUAAACUGAUUUACAAAAUCUUGCAAAAUUGAAAUAUAUUUGCAAGAUUGUACUAUAUAUAUUUGUGAGCGUUUAUCGCCCAAUUUUAAAUUAACAAGAGUAAGAAUGAUAACGAUUUUAUCUCUUAGUAAACCUGUGAGUGAGGAAGGCCUUGCAAGAGCAGAAAAAGCAAUCCAAUAUGUGGAACAGUAUCUCUUGAAAACUUGUUCCAAAAGGCACAAAGUGACGUUUGACAUUGCCAGAUCGGAUUAUUGCAUACGAAAGGCUCAAAUGAAUGGAUCAUUGUACACGCCAGAACUGAAGAAACAAUACGCUAAAGAGGGUAACUAACUUCAUUUCUCAGUCAAUAUUGCCAAAAUAAUUGCGCUUUUGUGUUUGUUAAUCCAGGCAACGUUAAUCGUGUCAUUUCUGAAAUAGACAAUACGCUCUUAUUGGUAAGUCAAAGAAUUAAUCUAAAAUAGAAUUUCUUGCUUUCACAGCAUAUUUGAUUCUUGAAAACGCUCUUGAAACUGCUAAACAUCUUAAAUUUGAAAGUGAAGAAAAGGGCAUUCAAAACAGACUGCAAAAUAUCGAUAGCCUUUUUCAUGCGAGCAAGGAAGAAAAUCACUGUCAUUCGGAAAGAGCGAGAGAACCAUCAAGAAAUGAAGCAGUAGAGCAUGAUGCAAGCUCCAUGGAAGAUUUACUGAAAUCAUUGGUGAACGUGGCAAUGGAAUUAAACGAAGAUCAUGAAAUAAAGCCAGAAAUUGAGCCUUCUGCAGAUCGAGUUAUGCAUGAAGAGGGUGGUGCAUGA